AAGCAAAAUGAAGAAUUUGGAUGGUGAUAAAUUUUACAAAGUCCCAAAGCUAAAAAAAUUAUCUUGAAAUUUCAUUGCAAACACAUCCCUAUCAUUUAUAUUCGAUAUUCAUUGGUAAAUUAUUCCAAAAAAAAUCUAUUAUAUAGCAAAAAAAAAUGUCAAAAAAUCCCAAUAAUCCUAUGAAUUCAUGAUGUAUUCAAAAGGUAAAGGCAACAAUGUGCCCUCCGAUGCUCAGGCUAGAGAAAAAUUGGCUCUAUACGUUUACGAAUAUUUAUUGCAUGUUGGCGCCCAGAAAGCAGCUCAAACAUUCCUUUCCGAAAUUCGCUGGGAAAAAAAUAUCACUUUGGGCGAACCUCCAGGGUUCCUGCACUCUUGGUGGUGCGUAUUUUGGGAUUUGUAUUGCGCUGCUCCAGAAAGAAGAGAAUCAUGCGAACAUAGUAGCGAAGCUAAAGCUUUCCACGAUUACGGUUUCGUAAAUUCUGGCUACCCUAUCAACGGCAUUACACACAACCCUAACACUCCUAGUCCAUUAGGCCCGAUAGCGCACAAUGACUUAGGGCCAUCAGGACCUAUGCCUCCCGCCUUUUUUCCGAAUUCGUCUCUUAGGCCAUCUCCGCCUCAUCAUUCGUCAUCACAACCUUCGCCUUUGAAUCCACAAGGUCCACCAAUGGGUCCAAAUCAAAUUAUGUCACAAAAUCAAAACUACAUGUCCCCUCGUUACGCGGGUGGUCGUGGUUUACCCCUAAGAAUGCCAUCUAAUGAAUUCAACCAUCCACCAAAUUCAGUCGUGGGUCACCCUCUAAUGAACAACAUUGACCCGAGACAAAUGCAACCUAGAAUGAGUCCUCCAAAUAAUAUGACAAGAGUUCCACUAGGCUCUAGGACACCUUUGGGUCACAUGACUCCACCAAACUAUUGUUCUCCUAUGAGAAUGGAAAGAAUGCCUCCUCAUGGUUCGGGACCAAGAUGGCAAAACAACAACAAUACCUCAUCGAUUAAUAACUAUUCCGCAUCAAAUUCGCCAAUGGGAUUUCACGGUUCAGGUGGGAAUCUUAUGCCUAGCCCACAAGAUGGGAAUCCCCCUGACAUGAAUUUCCCUCCAUCAAUGAUGAAAUCAAUGCCAAUGGGGAAUCCACCUUUACAAUACCUUAAUGGGCCAGGUCCCGGUAUGCAUAACAUGAACCCGAACGGGGGCGGAAACAAUGGUAAUGCUAUGAUUCAUCACCAUAAUCAACAUCCACAAUCGCAUCACAAUAUGCACCAGCAACCUCAACACAACCCUAAUAAUCCACCUCAUCAAAUGCAUCUGGCAAUGAUGGAAUCUCAUCCCCCACUCCAUCUUAAUAUGCCAUCUAACUUAAAUAUACCACCUAUGCCCAUCAAUAACAAUGGUAACAAUGCGUCACAUCAUUUAUCCAACGAUUUAAACAGCAUCGGCAACCCUAACAAUAAUAAUCCUAACAUGAUAAUGGACCAACAUCCCAACAUGAUGGGCUCUCAACAAUUGCCAUCCAUGGCUAAUAUGCACUCCGGCAAUAAUAGAGGACCCAUGGGGAACAUAGGUAACAUGAAAUCGUCCCCUGGCAUGAUUCAUUCCUCUGCUAAUAUGAUAGGAAAUAUCCAACAACUUUCCAAUUUAUCAAAUAAUGGCUCUAACAACAGCAACAAUCAAGAUAACAAUCCUUCGCUCACGUCACCUGCUAAUCUCGGCUCCGCUAAUAAUGGUGGCGGAGGUCCCAACCUAAUGCACAAUAUAAACGUCCCUUCGAAUAGUUCUCAACAAGGUUGUGGGCCUGGUUCUUCCUCUUCUGCCAACGAUUGGAUGUCACCUCCUAAUAAUAGUAAUAAUAACCCUAACCUGAACAGCAAUAACAACCUAAUGGUUAACAAUAAUGCCAACAAUGGAAAUAACGGGAAUAAGCCCCAAUCCAUAUGUUCAUCUCAGUCGGGUUCUUCUCAGCAAAAUGUGUUCGGGAUAAAGGAUGAUCAGAAUGAAUCUGCAGCCAUUCUAAAAAUCAAGGAGAGUAUGCAAGAAGAAGCCAAAUUAUUCGAAAAAGGUCCUUUAUCCCAACAAGAUCACCAACAAAAUGAUUAUUUUAUGCAAUGAUAGUUAUAGACCUAUCCCAUUCGUCACCAUUAUCAGCCUGACACAUUAUUUGUGUUGGUGCGAUAAACUUAGAUUUACAAACUUAAUCUUAAUAAAUCUCAUCUUAUAAUUUUUUAUUUAUUUUUAAGAAUUUUAAAAACUCUGUUUAAAAAAAUAUGAGGUGGUUUAAAUUGUCACAACUUAAUAUCAUGGUGGAUAAAUGAUUUUUAUACAUUAAAACGAAUAAUGCACAUAUUACCGACAAAAUUUUCAUCACAUAUCAAAAUGUUCCCAUGAUUAGAUUUAUUUUAAAAAAGGAAGCUUAAACAAAGUUUUUUUAAAUUUAAUUUCUUAAAGCGAUUUAACUUUUUUAAUAUCACGUGAUAAUAAAGGACAAUUGGUCAAUAAAUUUCAGUGGUGAAUUUGGUAUUUGGUCGGUCUUAUUGUCCAGAUUACGCCUUCUUCAAUUUUUAUUAGUUAACUCAUGGCACCUGAAAUUUUUAAAUAUAUCAAAGAUAAGGAGUUAAAGUUGUACAAAACUCGCAUAUAAAACAAAAAUCAUGUUUUAUAAUUUAUUUAUAAUUUUUGUACAAUAAGUUAAAUUUACUCUUUUUUUUGUAAUUGAUUUGAUUAUUUUAUUUAUCAUUGCGACUAUUUAUCCUGAUUACGUAUCAGUAGGUUUUUUAUCAAUAUUUUUUUUAAUUAUUUUGAUCUCAAACGAAAUAAGUUAACCUUUUUAAAAAAAUAAGCUUUAGAUAUUUAUCUUAAAGUUUUAAAAAAGUUAAAUUAUAAUUAUUCUUUUAAAAACCGUUUAUUGUAAAACACCAAUUUAAUAAAAUAAAUAAAUACGUGAAUGCAUCAAAAGACAACCUCUAACCUUAAUCAGUUUUACUAUAAUUAUAUUGAUUAAAAUUCAUAUACCUAUUAAACCUUUAAAAUAUUCACAACCAAAUUAUGGCUAAAUUACGAAAAAAUAAUUACUCUUUAUUGGUGCCUUUUUAAAAAUUUUUUUAUUUUUAUCAUUUCAAAUUUAUUAUUCACAAUUAUAAACUCAUAUUUUUCGACUUAUUUAUUGAUAACUAUAAUAACAUUGUAAAACUACCCCCUUUCCCCCAAAAAGCAAACUUUUUUUUUUAUUUUGUC